GUGACGUCGCGAGCUUCGUGAAGAAGCGCAUGAUCGCCGUAACAGCGGAGGUGUGACCGUUCUUCGGAAUUGGUUACUUUAAAUUCUGAGGGGUUUGAUAUCGUCUUAGCAAGUAAAAGUCAUGAGCGGCAAGGAGAGGAUCGCUAUCUUCCCUUCCCGUAUGGCAAUGACCCUCAUGAGGGGCAGGCUGAAGGGUGCUCAGAAGGGUCACAACCUUCUCAAGAAGAAAGCCGACGCUCUGCAAAUGCGGUUCAGGUCGAUACUGAAGAAAAUCGUAGAGACCAAGUCGCUGAUGGGGGAAGUAAUGAAGGAGGCAGCGUUCUCCCUGGCCGAGGCCAAGUUCACCAGCGGCGACUUCAACCAGGUCGUCCUCCAGAAUGUCACUCGAGCUCAGGUCAAGGUCCGGUCGCGAAAAGACAAUGUUGCAGGUGUGACCCUGCCGAUCUUCGAGUGCUACCAGGAAGGCACAGACACCAACGAGCUGGCCGGCCUGGCCCGCGGUGGCCAGAAGCUGGGAAAGCUGAAGAAGAACUACUACGAGGCAGUCAAGUUGCUCGUGGAGCUGGCUUCCCUGCAGACCUCCUUCAUCACCCUAGACAGUGUCAUCAAGAUCACCAAUCGGCGUGUCAACGCCAUUGAGUACGUGAUCAUUCCCCGCAUCGACCGCACUCUCCAGUACAUCACAUCUGAGCUCGAUGAGAGGGAGAGAGAGGAGUUCUUUAGGCUGAAGAAGGUCCAGGAGAAGAAGAAGGUUCUGAGGGCGCGCCGCGAGGAGGAGCUGGCCAAGUUGCAGCCCAAAGGUCGGCCGGUGAAACAGGAGCAUCAGCCCCGCAACAUCCUCCAAGACGACUCCGGGGACGAGGACAUCCUCUUCACUUGAUCAAGCCGCGCGCCUUCGCGGCGUCCCCGCUGGUGGACCAACGCCUCCCGCUGGAAAGCCUGUCCAAAUCCAGCUUCGGUAGAAAAGCGGGGUUUCUCUCUCUCUCUCUCUGCAGCCGGGCGAGUUCAUCAGCUGCGCAGUUCCCGUCAUUCUUCUCUCCCUUUUUCUUUUUCUUCAUUUUUUUUUGCUUUGAAGAGUGUCUGAAGACAAUAAAACGAACGGUGAAAGCUAAGUUAA